AUUGUUAUACUAGCCUUCAACAGGGGUUGAAUGUUUAUAAUACUCAUGGUCAUUAAAAGAAAAGUACAGUGAAUGCAAGAAAUAUUAAUUAUAUAUAAAAAGUUUAUUGAAACCGUUUAUUUUUGUUGCGUAUUGUUCUUGCAUUAUUUGAUUAAGCACACAAAAAGUUUAAUAAAAGAUCAAGUACUAAAUUUCCAUACAAAUGCCGUCUGUUGACACCUCAAGCGAAGGGCUUGCUCCUCAAGUGCCCAAGACCGAAUUGGAAGAAUUACAAAUAAAAGCAAAUAGUGUUGCAGAUGAGUCACUUGAAAGCACGCGUCGAAUGCUUGCGCUCUGUGAAGAGAGCAAAGAAGCUGGAAUUCGUACGUUAGUGGCCUUGGACGACCAGGGAGAGCAAUUGGACAGGAUUGAAGAAGGAAUGGAUCAAAUAAACGCUGAUAUGAGAGAAGCUGAAAAAAAUUUGAGUGGAAUGGAAAAAUGCUGCGGAAUUUGUGUUCUACCCUGCAAUAAGAGCCAAUCAUUUAAAGAAGAUGAUGGAACAUGGAAAGGCAAUGACGAUGGAAAGGUUGUAAACAAUCAACCUCAAAGAGUUAUGGACGAUAGAAAUGGAAUGAUGGCCCAAGCGGGAUAUAUAGGAAGAAUAACAAAUGACGCUCGCGAAGAUGAGAUGGAAGAAAAUGUAGGUCAAGUGAACACCAUGAUCGGAAAUCUGCGGAAUAUGGCAUUAGAUAUGGGUUCCGAGCUGGAAAACCAAAAUAGACAAAUCGAUCGAAUAAAUCGGAAGGGGGAGUCGAACGAAGCGCGAAUAGCAGUGGCAAAUCAGCGAGCUCAUCAAUUACUAAAAUAAAUAGUUUCGCUCAAUUAUUUUUAAAUACUUUGACAUGUAAUAAGUUUGUACUUGUUAUGUGUAUAUAUGUGUGGAUGCUUAGCGAGAAAAUAAUAAGCAAGAAAUUAAAGUUUAUCCAUCCUCUCACAAAUUAAGUUUUUUGUCUCUAGACAUAAGUUACUAUAUGAGCUACUCUAAUAUAUAUAUAUAUAAAAUUUUGCGCAUCAGGAUGUUAAAUAUACAAAUAUUAUAAUAAGUUUAUCGUGUGAUGUUUACGCUAAUAAUUAUUAAAUAAAUAUAACUGUAAAAGUUUUUAUUCGACGUUUGAAAAUUAA